AUGGCAAGUCUCCAGAAUUGUAUCAUGUCGCUCCGCGAGUCGGUAGCGCUCGUGGAGGACUCCAUAAAGGCGCUAGACGCCACCACCCACGAUAUUCCUCGAGUCCAGAAGGUGUUGAUGACACGCAGGGUGUUUGGGUUGGUUCCCGAAACCGACUUGGAGAACGCCAAGCAGACGUUCAAGGAAAGUGUAGAGCCGCAGAUUUCUACCAUGCUUGAGAGAAUAGACCGAGAGUUGCAAAAAAUGAGUCGUCGCAAGAUCAACCUACAAAACCGCCACGAUUUACAAGCAGUCAGAUUGCAAGGCAGCAAGCGAGAGGCAGUGGAUUUGCCCUUUUCACGGCUCCGCAAGCUGGGGCCGUUGGAUGAAGCCAAGUUGACACGGCUCAAGUUCUUGAAGAAUAAGAAAGAACGUUUGAAGUACAGUUUGUCGCGCCUCCGGCUCCAAGACCGCUUGAGUGUGACCCCUUCAUUGCCCCCUCCAUGA